AUGGCACCACUUGAAGUUAUCGGAGCCGGCUUGAGCCGUUGCGGCACGGACAGCUUAAGAGUAGCUUUGAACAUGCUUGGAUACAACACUCACCACAUGCGCGAAUUGUUGGAAACCGACGGACAUCCUGAAGUUUUUGAAGAAGCGUACAAGAAUCCCGAAAAACCCGUAGAUUGGGAUUCAGUUUAUGAGGGUUUCAGCGCAGCGGUUGACUGCCCUAGCAUCUUCGUUUUACCCAGACUGUUCAAGAAAUAUCCUGAUGCCAAAGUGAUUCUUACCAAACGCGACUUUGACAGCUGGUAUAAAUCGGUCUCAAACACGAUCUUCCACCUUCAUGAUCAGCUUCCUGAAAACCCUCAAGAAUUCGCUGUGCGCACACGGAGAAUGGUCAAAACUAUCUGGCUUAAUGGCUCUUUCCAAGACAUGCAAAAAUUCAAAGAUGAACCCGAGUUAAUCAAAACCCGUUUCGAGGCACAUAAUGCAUGGGUGGUAGAAAAUGUUCCAGCAGAUCGUUUGCUGGUGCUUGACUUGCGUGAUGGUAUUAACUGGGACAAACUUUGUGCGUUCCUCGGUAAGCCAAUACCAGACGAGCCUUAUCCUCGUAUCAACUCUACCCAGUCCUUGAAUAAGGAGUACCAGCAAAUGCUCAAGUCGAUGGCUGUUCAAGGGGAAGACCAGCAGGUUAAUGGUGGCUCUAGUAAUUUGAUUUCUCCAGGUUCACAGCCUGUAGCAUCUACAACCAAUUAG